CUGGGGGAUAUAAAAGGUCUUUGGGAAUGCAGAGCGGAGCUCAAAGUGAAAACGACACUGGACGACGUAGUUGGCAGGCUGUAGACAAAAUGCGCAAUUAUCUUUGGCUAGCAGUACUUCUGGUGGUGGCCACCACCUGCGCCAAGGCCAAGCCGGUGGUCUCCUUCGGUGUCAGCUAUCAUCAGCCGUACCUGGGACCGCAGCCGGGGCCCUACUACUACGGAGGAGGAACCUAUCCGGGCGGAGGCUACUACCACAACGGUCCGGGCCCCUACGGAUACCCCUACCCGUAUGCGAACCGCUAUGGCGCCCUCGAUGUCGGCAUUGGCGCCCUGUCGCUAUCCUCGUUUCUGCUCUGAUUGCGAGUAAAAGCCAAAAGCCACAGCAAAUAGAUGCAAAAAUCAUGCAAUACAAAAGUCUUUUCACUA